CGCUAGAAUCGCUAAAUCGUAUCGGGGCACGGACCUCGUCGAAGGUCCUGCAUGCGUGCGGGGUCUUGACACACACUCUCGCUUGAUGCACCAGUGUGUAAGGUUGCUGACCAUGCCAGCCAGGACGUCGACCCGGCCGUUGCAAGAGUGUGAUGCAACAUGCAAUUCUUGCAGCACCUCUUCAUUCUCGUCCUCACCACCACCACACCCACGUACCUCUGCGAAACGCACCCUAAUCCCGCUCAUCGAACUCACUGCUUCGAGCAUCAUGUCCGCUUCAUCCACCAACUCUGCACCCGUCGCUAUCCCCAUCUCUUCAGCAGCACUGGACCAGUUGCUGGUAGCAGCAGUCGCUGCACGCAAAAAGGCCUACAGUCCUUACUCGAAGUUCCGCGUUGGCGCAGCGUUGCUUCUGCAGGACGGCAGCAUUGUAGAGGGAGCCAACGUGGAGAAUGCCAGCUACGGUGCUGGAAUUUGUGCCGAGAGGACGGCGCUCAGCACUUGGCGAGUGGCCUCUCGCGAGCCCAGUCCAGUAGUGGCCAUAGCCGUAUCAUCCGACUUGCACACUCCCUGCCCACCGUGCGGGAUCUGUCGGCAAUUCAUUCGGGAACACUGCUCGGAACAAGUGCCCAUCUACAUGCCCUUUGCGCCUCCCAAAAAGCAGAUCGAAAAGACGGUAGAGGGAGUUGCGGAGGCGGAGAAGAGGUCGGGUGAAGAGGCCCACCAGGAACCUGGAAGAGAGUGGACGCCUGCACUGGGCCAUGGGGAGGAUACGGUCAAGGUGAUGACCCUGGAACAGCUCUUGCCCCUCAGCUUUGGUCCAGAGAGCCUUCAGAGACCAGCUGUGGUUUAGAUCAUCGCUCUUAUCCCUCAUUCAUAUCAUAAUUGCCCACGCCUCGCACGUCAUUCAUUCGCCCAUUCAGCACGCGAGGCGCGUGACUGUCGCCCUCAAUGCCCGCCUGUGUGCUAAACGUGUGCUUCAAAUGAUGCUUGAUAUCGAUCAGGUAAUGAUACAAACGGCGGCAGUGGUGAGGAUUUUU